AUGGCAACAAUAAGAGAAUCGGAGGAGAGUGAUGUCGAAUCGGACGUCGCCAAGAUUCUAGACCCAGACGAAUCGUUCAUCGCCAAUCAGACCUUCGAAGACAAAUCUUUUUCCGUCGCCAAGAUUCUAGACCCAGACGAAUCGUUCAUCGCCAAUCAGACCUUCGAAGACGAAUCUUUUGCGGCGAAUGAAUCUUUCAUUGCCAAUGAUUCUUUCAUGGCCAAUCAGACCGGUGAGACCGUUGAAGACAAUUCAGAACAAAAUCGAGCAGCAGUCCUCUCAAACUCGAAUUUGGAUAAAGCUCAAACCUCCCUGCCCACCAGCGCCGGCGAUCCCAGCUACCUCCAAAAGCAAAAGACCUACGAGGCGAUCAAACAGGAAAAUAUAUCGGCCUCAAGCAAAGUCCACUCCGGUAAGAUGAGUAAUGCCCCAGCGGAGCAAGCAGUAUCACUAGUCUCACCUCAAGAGGUCAAAGCCAAAGGAAUCGAAAAUUACAAGAUCUUGGAUUGUUCUUUUUCUGACCCGAGAUCUGGUCAAUCUGCUCUUGACGAGUUCCGGCAAAGACCAAAACUUCCAGGCGCCAGCUUGUUCGACCACGAAGUUAUCGCCGAUACCGCCUACACUAUCGAUGGUACCACCAAAGUGGGGUACAUGCAGCCCGAUUCAGGCACGUUCAAACGUGAGAUGGAGCGCUUGGGUAUCACUAGAAACGACCAUUUACUCGUAUACGAUUACGAUGGCAUCAUUGCGAGCCCUCGGGCAGCAUGGAUCUUCAAUGCCUAUGGUCACCCUAAGGUAUCAGUUCUUGAUGGUGGCUUGCCGCGAUGGAUUAAAGAAGAGUGUCCGGUUGAAACCGGGUCGCCGAUCGAGCCCGAGCGAUCGGAGUACGAGCUUCCGGGAUGCGACGAGGCUCUCGCACGCGGGAAAGUGAUUUCAUAUGACGCUAUUGUUCGUAACUUCAAGGUCACCGCUGACGGAGAAAGGAUGUGUGUCUUUGAUGCACGUCCCCGAGGCAGUUUUCUCGGCACCGGUCCCGAACUCUGGCCCGGACUACCAUCAGGCCAUAUGCCACAUUCUCUCUCGCUUCCAUACACAUCCUUGUUGACCCAACCCAGCGACUCGGAGCCCUACUCGAAAUUUCUAAGCCCCGAUCAGCUCGAGAAAAUCUUCCUGGAGACCCUGAACAACGACCACAAGAAAUGGGAACAGAUCAAACACGGCCAGGAAGAAGUCGUGGUCACCUGCGCAAUAGGCAUGACUGCCUGCAUCAUCUGGCUCGCUAUUCGUCUCUGUGCCCCGACCGCAAUUUAUCCCAGAAUUUAUGACGAAAGUUGGGUCGGAUAUGUGCUCAGAAAAGACGCCCAGAUCCUCACAAACCGUGAAUAG